GGGAAGGGGGGCAUGCGGCGCUUAGACAGGUGUUGUUGCGCUUUUCUGAUGGUUCCUCCUAAAGGGUCUUUAUCCGGGAUGGAAGCCGAGAGAAUAUCUACACAUCCUUCCGGUAGUUUGACGUUCAUGUGGCGAGUUUAUAUUUCGAUUUAAGGAAUUUCAUAGAGGCGGGAAAACACGAGAUCGCCGCAAUGGUGCACCACUCAGGCUCCAUCCAGUCCUUCAAGCAGCAGAAAGGCAUGCACACCAGCAUCAGUGAGAUCCUGAAGGAGAAGAGCCUGAAGCCAUCCCGCCGCAGUCUGCCCUGCUUAGCCCAGAGUCAGACCCAUCCUAUCAACCUCAACCACUUUCUGUCUGUGCCUCUGAAUCCAGAGCCCAAAGCCCAGGUGGAAGUUCUGAGUCAGAGCAUCAGCACCUCCUGCAGCAUCCUGCCUCCACAGACAGCAGAGGAUGGCAAGGAUCACUACACGGAAGAGUCGGAGGUCUCCACGUGUGAAACAAGAGUAGACGGGUCACUUUUGCCCCGAAAACCCAGCACACGGACUAAUGUAGAGGCCCGCACAUGUUCCGUUAAGGGAAGGAAUCCAUCAGAUGAAACUGGGCUCUUCUUCCGGGAUGGGAAAAAGCGCAUCGACUAUAUCCUGGUUUACAAGAAAUCGAGUCCACAGGUGGAGAAGAGGUGCACCUUUGAGAAGAAUUUACGCGCUGAGGGCUUAAUGCUGGAAAAGGAGCCUUCCUUGACAAACAACGACAUCAUGUUUGUGAAGAUCCACGUUCCCUGGGAUGCACUUUGCAAAUAUGCAGAGCAGAUGAACAUCCGGAUGCCUUUCAGGAAAAAAUGCUACUUUAAAGACUGGAAAAGCAAAACCUUGGGCAGCCGCUUUCAUCUGAGAUGUCGUCAGAUAAAGAGCUGGCUUCCCAGAAAUCCCAUGAAACUGGACAAAGAGGCUCUGCCUGACCUGGAGGAGACCGACUGUUACACUGCUCCCUUCAGUCGAGCACGGAUGCAUCACUUCACGAUCAACAACAGAGAGACCUUCUUCUCCAACUCUACCAGAAGCAGAAUAGUCCACCAUGUCCUGCAGCGCACCAAGUAUGAGGAUGGAAAGUCAAAAAUGGGUAUCAACCGGUUAUUGGGCAACAACACCUAUGAAGCCGCCUUUCCUCCACAUGAAGGUGGAUACAAGAGCAGACAUCCCAUUAAGACGCAUGGUGCCCAGAACCACAGGCACCUACUUUAUGAGCGCUGGGCUCGCUGGGGGAUCUGGUACAAGUAUCAGCCUCUGGACCUCAUCAGGCGCUACUUUGGAGAGAAAAUUGGCCUUUACUUUGCAUGGUUGGGCUGGUACACGGGCAUGUUGAUCCCUGCUGCACUGGUUGGCUUGUUUGUCUUCCUCUACGGACUCUUCACCAUGGACUCCAGCCAAGUCAGUAAAGAGAUUUGUGAAGCCAACACGACCAUCAUGUGUCCAAUGUGUGAGGAAACCUGUGAUCCGUGGACGCUAAGUGACAGUUGUGUCUAUGCAAAGGUGACUCAUUUGUUCGACAAUGGCGGCACUGUGUUCUUCGCUAUCUUCAUGGCAAUUUGGGCCACCGUCUUCCUGGAGUUCUGGAAGAGGAGAAGAGCCGAGCUUACUUACGACUGGGAUCUCAUUGACUGGGAGGAGGAGGAGGAGGAGCUGCGGCCUCAAUUUGAAGCCAAAUAUUCCAGGGUGGAGAGAGUAAACCCCAUAUCUGGCAAACCCGAGCCUUUCCAGCCCUUCUCAGACAAACUCAGUCGGCUCAUGGUGUCUGUGUCCGGAAUUUUCUUCAUGAUUUCCUUGGUCCUGACUGCUGUGUUUGCAGUAGUGGUUUUCCGUCUCAUCGCCAUGGAGAAGUUUGCUUCCUUCAACUGGCAUUUUGUGAAGAACUGGCAGUUUGCCACCUCUGGCACAAGCGUCUGCAUCAACUUCAUGAUCAUCAUGUCUCUCAAUGUGGUGUAUGAAAAGGUGGCUUAUCUGCUGACAAAUUUAGAACAUCCACGGACAGAGUCUGAGUGGGAGAACAGCUUUGCUCUAAAGAUGUUCCUCUUCCAGUUUGUAAACUUGAACAGUUCCACAUUCUACAUUGCGUUCUUUCUCGGAAGGUUUGCUGGGAGGCCCGGAAAAUACAAUAAACUAUUUAAUCGGUGGCGACUAGAGGAGUGUCAUCCAAGUGGCUGCUUGAUUGAUUUGUGCCUGCAAAUGGGCGUCAUCAUGUUUUUCAAACAAAUCUGGAACAACUUCAUGGAGCUUGGUUAUCCUUUGCUACAGAAUUGGUGGGCUCGUAGGAAGCUCAGAAAAGGAGGUGGUGCUGGUGGGAGCCAGAACGUGGAAAAUAAAAGUCAGCUCCCACAGUGGGAUAAAGACUGGAAUCUGCAACCCAUGAACGCACACGGCCUGGUGGACGAGUACCUUGAAAUGGUCCUCCAGUUUGGCUUCACCACCAUCUUUGUAGCAGCGUUCCCAUUGGCUCCUCUCCUCGCCCUGCUCAACAACAUCAUCGAGAUUCGUCUUGACGCCUACAAGUUCGUUACCCAAUGGAGGAGACCCAUGCCUGCUCGAGCCACGGAUAUAGGUAUCUGGCAUGGGAUACUUGAAGGUAUCGGCGUGCUGGCCGUCAUCACCAACGCCUUUGUCAUUGCCAUCACCUCGGACUACAUUCCUCGCUUUGUUUACGCCUUCAAAUACGGCCCCUGCGUGGACAAGGGGUACCACCAUGACGACGAAUGUUUGCGAGGCUACGUGAACAGCAGCCUGUCUGUGUUUGACAUGAGCGAGCUGAAGAACAGCAGUGAGUCGGAAUACUGCAGGUAUCGAGAUUACAGAGCCCCGCCCUGGAGCACGGUGCCCUACGAGGUCACGCUGCAGUUCUGGCAUGUCCUGGCUGCCAGGCUGGCUUUCAUUAUUGUCUUUGAGCACCUUGUCUUUGGCAUCAAAUCCUUCAUUGCGUACCUCAUUCCGGACAUGCCCAAAGACCUGUGCGACCGCAUGCGCAGGGAGAAGUACCUGAUGCAGGAGAUGAUGUACGAGGCUGAGCUGGAGCACCUGCAGAAGGAGCGAAAGAAGAAUGGACGGCGUUUUCACCACGAGUGGCCUUAACUUUUUACCCCCUUCACAUCUCUCACACAGCCCUCGACAUCCCCCCCCCCCCCCCCUCCUUUGCCUGCUUCCCUUACUGGAUUUUAGCUUUGAGCAGAUUCACCAAAGACACCCUCUUCACUAAUGACACUCCAAAGCUGCUUCAGCCUGAGCUGUCACCCGGACCCCUCCCUCGCCAUCUGUUCCCGUGCUGACGCCACAAUUGCGUUCUGACACCCUCCCGGAUCCAUCGCCUGGCACCCCCCCCCAACCCCGCCAACCCUUGCUGUGUGCUGUGUCAUGGCCUCACUGCUGUAUGACAGCUGUAAUGUUUACUAUGCAGAUGAAGCGGUUCACUUUGUCAGCCAUCUUGCACUCUUUCUCUCUUUCUGUGUGGCAGCUAGCUCUCGUCUACUUGGAAUCCUGCAGUCCGCUGCAUGUCUUAUUUUUCUUUUCACCCAGCAUCAGCAGAACCAUCAUGGUGGUUCCCGAAUAGAGCAAAGUGACUGUACAUCGCCCUUGAAGCAUGCUGAUACUAUUCGUGGCAACAUGUAAAACAACAGCAUUCAUCAUGGAGACUUGUCAAAUGAAGCCUAUAGAACAUGCAUGUUAGUGUUGUGUACCUUCUUGGUGCCUGGUUUGUGUGUGUCAGUGUGAGUUGUGUGUGUGUGUGUGCUGUGUUACUGCUGAGCUUGACUGCCUUGAGUUUGCAGGAUGUGAACAUUUUGCGAUAUGAUUGUGCCUACAGUUGUGCGCCGACAUCACGUGUGCCUGUUUGUGCUGCACGUGCGCUUUCAAGUGCAAAGAAAGCCUCUCUUUCUUACUUGUUCUGUUGUACAACUUUUCUCCUGAGUGGGUUUGUUUUGGACGUGACUCACACACAAUUGGGGUACGUGCUCUGGUCUAGUGGCUCUGAAACAACAAUGUCCGCCAUAACGCGACUCCCAUUAUGAGUGACGCUUGCACGCAGGAGCCACAAAUCUGCUUCCUUCUUUCUCUCUGCGCCCAUAGCCUGUUUUUCAUUUGUUGUUGGAAGCCCUGAAGCAUGACUUGGACAUACCUGUGGCUUGGAUGUUCACUGCACAAAGAACAUCCAUCCACUGUUCCUCACUUAUUACACACUCCAGUUCUGGAGGGAUGAGAAUGCAAGUCAGCUGUGGUUUUAGCUACAUCGUGAUGUUAAUUGUUGUGAAGUUUGGUUGCUUAAAAUGAAAGAUCCAGCAUGGCUUUUCCCCAACGGUAACAAUUGUGGCAGGCGCCGUGAAAUAACGCAUUCUAUGGCAAAAUCCCCAAUCAUCACUUCAGAACUCAAACAUUUGUGAUGUAUUUGUAACAUUUCCAGUCAGAGUAGACAAAAAGUUGACAGGAUUAAAUAAACACAAAGAAAACACGGUCAACAGAUGGGAAAAUAACUUCUAACAGUACGACCGAGUGGUUCGUCGAUCAAACAAUUCAGAAAUCAACCAAAAUGUUCAACUAAAGGAUUAACUCUUCAAAUGUGUUUCCUUUGAAUACCAGUGAUUGAAAAUUGUGAUGACCUUUGACCGGAAAAGUUGACUUUGUGAAAAGUGCAAUGAAGUGGCUGUCCAAGCUGCUCAAUGUUGUGAAACCUUGGUUAGUGUACAACCCGGUUAGCAUAUUUUUCUGUUUACGUCGAAAAUGUACACAACAAUGUUGCCUAUGUUUGCCUACAUUUCCGAGUUAGCGUGCAAUAUACAUGACAUGAGUCCAACUGUGUUUGUAACGUAAGUUGGUGGAACGGCUCAAUGAUGCUAACCAAGGUUCUACUGUAUUUUGUUCUUAUAAUAUUGUUUACAAAUUUAGCAUCACUCCACAUUACAAAAUAAACUGUAGUAUCAUAUUGAGUGUAAUGUAAGACCACAUUCAAGACCAUUUUUUUUAGGAUUUUUUUAAUCAUGCUUUCAACAUCAACCAAAUAACAACUGGAUUGCAACAAAAAAAGGAUAUAAAAUUUCUUAGCUGAUGGACAGUUGAUCAGUAUCAUCGUAAAAGCAGUGCCAUAACUCGCCAUCUGUUGUUGGCUACCUUUUCCAUCUAUGAGACUGUUAUUUUGAGCGGGCAUAUGUGAGUGACAGGAAGAAAAGCUCUGUUGUUUCGUGCAGAAAUCUCCGACCCUGAAUAUAAGUACUUGAAUACGUCUUUCUCAGACAUUUUGUAGAAAUAAAAUACCGUCUUAUAUUUGGGUCAGUACGGUACAUAAAAGGUUGGUUGAAGUGGACUCGUUGCCAGCCAAUCACAGGACACAUGACACAGACAAACAACCAUUCACACUCACAUUCAUACCUAUGGACAAUUUGGAGUCGCCAAUUAACCUAACAUGUUUUUGGAAUGUGGGAGGAAACCGGAGUACCCGGAGAAAACCCACAAAUGCACAGGGAGAACAUGCAAACUCCACACAGAGAUUCCCAAGCAGAGAAUCGGACCCAGGUCUUCCCAAUCUCCUGACUGUGUGGCCAACAUGCUAACCACUUGGUCACAUUUGGUAUAAGCUAAUAAUUAGCCAUUUUGACUGGAAAUGAGACAAUCAUACAUGUGUACUGAGUUUGCACUGCUUCAUGCUGAAAUUGAACAUCCAAAUAUGUACUGUAUCAUGAUGACAGUCCUACACGGGGGAUGAUAGAAAGUAGGGACGUGAACCACAAUUGCACAAAUCAAAGAAAUGUCUGUAUCACUCCUCACUAAAAACUACGUUUGUAUAGUUAAUUUGUUUCCCCUUAUCAACUAUUUAUUUUGCUGUUGAAUGUACAGUAUAUAUUUCUUUGUGUGUUUAUUGUUUGGUUUUUUUGUUUUGGGUAUUCACACUCAGAUGUCCUGUCUGCAUUUCUCAGGUGUCUUCCGAAUGUUUGACGACUUUUCAAUCAUGUUUUCUACAAUACAAUCAAAUAUGUCCUGUUUCUUAAAACAUAUUUUUGCACUGCAGUGCGUAUGCAAUAGAGCACACACUAAAAGCAUGUUUUUUUUUCUUGCUUAGUCAUGCAAAGUACCAGUAACUCAUACAAUUCUUCCUGACAUAUAAUGUCCACUGUAAAAAAAAAUAUAAACAAAAAAAUUGCUCUCAGUCUUAAUAGUCUCUCGUCUAUAUUAUAAUUACAUAUCAUUUUAAAGUAUUUUUUUAAUUGUUAGAACGCUGGUCAAGGUUCCCUGCUGUGUGAACAUUGAAAAUCUAUGCAUGUUACCCUUGUACAGUCCAGUCUGCGUGAUUUAGUGUCUGCUUUCAAGCAACGCUAACUUCACUUACUUUGUCCUGCACAUAUCACACAUACAACCCUUUCUCCACUACUAAGAAUUUUGUGGAAGCUCAGACAAAACUGUGUGUUUCCAGGAGGGGCUGAAUUUUUCGACCCAGCAAGAAUAAUAAUAAUAAUAAUAAUAAAGUACGUCCAAAGAAAAAUCUCAUUAAUCAAGACACAAAUUGACAUAGUUGUCUAAAAGGAGGUACGAUGCAAAUCACACAUGUAUGAAGUGUGCACGGUGAAAGACAAGUGUUCCUAAUUCGGGUGGCAAUAGCACAAUAUGAAUGUUGUCAUGUUGAGUAAUAACCCUGCACAUCACUGAAAACGUUACGCUUCCUAUUAGAAUUGUGCUUGAGCAAGUUCAUGCCAUACAUUUUAAUGAGAAUGUGACAUGUGUUUUACUUUGUUCCUGUUUACAUGUAAAAAAAUAAAAUAAAAUAAAACCAUUGAGAGGUGUAAAAACAAUGUAACAUAAGAUUAUUUGGAUAUCACUCUUUUCUGUAAUAAA